AUGAACAUUAGUGAAAUCAUACAAUAUUGGAGAUACCCUAGUGAAGAGUAUGACAUCCUGACAAGUGAUGGCUAUUAUCUCAAAGCAAACAGAAUUCCUCAUGGAAUACACAGUCCUGAAAAGACAGAGUCUAAACCAGUUGUGUUACUGGUAUCGGGUAUUCUGACUGAAGGAAGAUCUUGGCUCAUCAAUCUUCCCACCCACAGUCUGGGUUUUGUUCUAGCUGAUGCUGGCUAUGAUGUAUGGAUAAUAAAUAACAGAGGAACUACCUGGUGUAGAAGGCACCAGACCCUAACUGUUGACCAAGAAGAAUUUUGGGAUUUCAGUUUUCAUGAAAUGGCAAUUUAUGAUAUUCCUGCAGCUAUGAACUUUAUUCUAAAUAAGACAAAGCAGGAUAGUUUAUAUUACAUUGGCCAUUCUCAAGGAGCUUCAAUGGGAGUCAGAACAAGAACCUGGAAACGUAAUGAUGGGCUUAGAAAACUUCUCAAAACUAAUUUGAAGGAAAAUGCAUCAGAUGUGUUUUCUUUCACAUUCCAUACCACAAAUGUUUCCAAACUGAAAGUUUUCAUAUGUACUGGACUAUCAUUCCCCACAUUCAAUUUUGUCUUCGAUCAUGGGAGUUUUAGUCCAAAACUUCUAGAGAUCAAAAUUGCUAGAGAAAUCUCCUUAAGUCAUGAAUCUUGUUCUUCAUUUUUGUUAAUAUUCUGCCUAUUUGGGGAAUACAUUCCAAAAAGUAUUUAUUUAAGGAAGGUAUUAACUAAUGUUUAG